UGUGAAUCGAAUCUUCAUAGCCUUCAUUUUACCAACUAGCUGAGCUGAAAGUGGCCCUGAAGCAAGUUAUUUUCUGAAGAAAAGGACGGAUAUUUCUUUUACAGCAACUCCACCACACACAAAGUUAGAUAAAGAUGGAGAGUUUCGAUGUGGUGAUGUGGAUGGACAUUACUGUCUGCCUUUUUUUGACUAUAUUGCUCAUCCUUUGGCUUUGUUUUGUGGUACGAAGGGAGCAGGUUCUGGUCACCUACUACACAAAUCUCUUAUUCUCCAAUCUAAUCCAGUUCAGUGCAAUGAUCUUCUGGAAGUCAAACAAAGGCCAUGAAUAUUACACCACUGAAACUAUUUUUAUCGGUAUUUACCUCUUUGGUUUGAUGGCUAAUCUUGAGUUCAAGAUGUGCAUUGCUGCUGAAAGGUGUUUCCUCAUCACCUGCCCACAGAUGAACUGUAUCAGACAAACUAAAGGUUCUUUGCUGGUCUCUGUUCUGGUCUGGAUCCUUUGUGUUAUCACUGCACCUCUUUGCAUAGUUUUGAACCAUCAAUUUUCCAUCACUAUUUUGGUCUUCAACCUCUCACCUAUGUUUAUCCUCAGUUUUGCUUGGACCCUCAGAGCUCUUCCUUCUGCCACCUCAGUGCCCACAGACGAAAAACGAAGAGUUUUAGGAACUUUAGUUGUAUUGCUGCUUAACCACUUUCUCAUGAUCUUUCCCAUGGCCGUUUGUUGUACUUCAACAUUUAGAUAUCGCAUGGACUUUCCGUAUAGUGUUAUCAGCUUAUUUCUGCUCAGUCCUUUUAUGGACUUGGUUCUGUUUGUUUUCAUGCGUAAAGGGCCCAUUGAUAGAUUGCUGGCACGUCUGUGUUUCUGCGGUAUGGACAACAUUGCAGGAGAUCUCAGUGUGACACCAACAGUGACAACACCAGUGUGAUAAUCUGACUGACAUAAAAGGAGAGAAACGUGCAGGAAACAGUGGGAGAGAUUAGAAAUGAUGAAGAAACAAACAAAAACCAUCCUUUAAUAAUCCAUGAAAUGAAAUUCAGGUCUAGGUUUUAGUGGUGGUGCUCUCAGUGGGAGCUCUGCUCUUGUUAAUAGUGUUUGAUACUUCAUAUCCACAUUGUUUUUUUAUCUGCAAAUAAUAUAGUAUUUUUAUAUUCAAUAUGCAUUAUGUGAUGUCCCUUUGUAAA